AUGCCGCGCAGACCGAGAACGAGGAUGCCCCCGCGCGAGCUGUCUGCGCCCUCGCUCAUACUCGAGCCAGAGCCUGAGCUUGAGCCUGAGCCUGGGUCCGGCGACAGCCCCACCCUCAGAAAAGACCGAGACCGAAAGCCGUUGCCCUUUGGCCGACCGGGAGACAGGCGUGAGGUAGCCCUGGGCGGGCCGCAAGCGUUAGCGAGGGAGGCGGGAGGCUCCGUGCCUACGCCGGAUAGCUGGGCCGAUAUCCUCCCCGAUGCAGAUGGGUCUGGGGAGGGAGAAGAGGAAGAGUACGAGGACGAGGAGAUGAAUUCAGAAGAAGACCUUGAAGUUGACGGCGAUGGCGAUGGCGAUGGCGAUGGUGAUGGCGACAUCAGAAUGGAAUAA